ACUUUACUGUGGGAAUGGAUUUUAUGUCCUGAACCGCUACAUGGCCUGCAUUCUCUCUUUACUACUUGUUUAUGUACACGUCAGUUUGUCUUUGUCCUAAUUUAUGUAACUAGAUAGUAAAACAAAUGGAAAGUCUGUGUGAAGUGUAUUUUUGUUUGUUGGUUGUCUCUCCGGAGUUGCCUGCAGACCCCAUACUUAUCUCUGGUUGACUCAGUUUGUUGCCAUGUGUGAGGCACAGCAGUUUGGAAGCAUCGAGGGAAGACUUACAAGUGGGGCAGAAACCCGAAGGUAGAGGCAGAUGCUUCAUCUCUGAAGCAUCUGAAAUGAUGUUGUACAUUUCAGAUGACGGCCCUUCAUUACCAACCAAACAGAAUGAGGAGUUUCGUCCCUUCAUUAGAAGGCUUCCAGAAUUCAAAUUUUGGCAUGCAGCUACAAAAGGCAUUCUUGUGGCUAUGGUCUGCACCUUCUUCGAGGCUUUCAACGUCCCCGUGUUCUGGCCGAUCCUGGUGAUGUACUUCAUCAUGCUUUUCUGUAUCACAAUGAAGAGGCAAAUAAAGCACAUGAUUAAAUACCGGUACAUACCAUUCACACACGGAAAGAGGAGAUACAAAGGGAAGGAGGACGUGGGCAAGACAUUUGCUAGUUAGAAGCCGGACUGAAUCUGUCACGCGUGUU